AUGUCAACCGCAAAUCCAGAUGAAGUUCCAGAAAGUAUCAAUUACAUAGGGUUCAAUCAAGAUGCCAAAAUCAUAUCCGUCGGUCACAAAGAAGGCUACAUGUUCUACAAGACCUCCGACAUCCUCGAGAACUCGACACUAACAUGCGAAGGCCAGAGCCUGAAUCACCUGGGUCUCAACAAUUGUCUGAUCAUCGAGCGGCUUUUCUCAUCCGCUCUGAUGGUUGUUAUCUCGCAAAAGGAUCCACGUGUCCUCCAUGUCUACCACUUCACAAGCAAGAACAUCAUCUGUGAUCACCGAUUCAACAAGUCCAUUUUGACAGUUCGACUUAAUAGAGAGAGAAUCGUUGUUUGUUUGGAAGACUGUAUCUACAUCUACAACCUGAAGGAUAUGAAAAUGAUGCAUAAUAUUAUGGACACGCCAAUGAAUAAACUGGGAGUCCUGGACCUCACCAGCAACCCUGGCCAUGCUUUGAUCGCCUACCCGGGAAGCACAGAUACCGGAUCCGUACACUUAUUCGACGCGAUGAAUCUCUCUUCAGUCAACACAUUUGUCGCUCAUGAGGGAACUUUGGCUUCGUUGAAAUUCAAUCAAGAAGGAAAUAUGAUUGCCACGGCUAGCACAAAAGGAACUGUCAUUCGGGUCUACUCUGUUCCUACCGGAAAUCGUCUCUUCGAAUUCCGUCGUGGAGUCUCCAGAUGUGUCUCGAUCUACUCUCUUUGCUUCUCAUCAGAUUCCAAGUAUCUUGCUUCGUCUUCCAAUACUGAAACAAUUCACGUAUUCAAAUUGGAAAAACCAGACGGAGAGGAGAAACCAGAAGCAUCGAAUGAGGGUGGCAGCUGGUUUGAUACCAUCAACAAGACCUUUUCGGCGUACAUGCCAUCCCAAGUUCUGCAGGUGUCAGAGUUGAUGACCACGGAGCGUAGUUUUGCGACGGCUAAGCUUCCAGGGCUCACAAGAACCAAUCAAGUUGCUCUUGUUGGCCACAAAAAUCAACAAUACGUGAUGGCAGCGACAUCUGACGGCUUCGUCUAUGCCUACCGAUUGGAUCCAGAAGGUGGAGAGCUCGACCUGAUCAAGCAACACCGCAUUGGUCCGAAAUCCGAAUCCUGCCGUAUUAGUCCAGUUGGGACCGCGGGGAAAUCCACGGAUAACAGUCAAACCGUACCGAAUAUGGAUGAUCCUGACGACUUCCCACCUAUGAGCCAUACCAGUGGAUGA